AUGACCACACGUAUUGCGGAGCCCCAGCCACCACGUCCAACCACGCGUCGUGGCUUUGAGAUAGCCAUAGUAUGCGCCCUUCCCCUCGAGGCCGACGCUGUCGAUGCUCUCUUUGACAUCCACUGGGACGAUGAUGGCGGUCCGCCUUUCGACAAAGCGCCAGGUGACCCCAACGCCUACUCCACUGGCGCGAUCGGCCGCCAUAACGUUGUCCUUGCGCAUAUGCCGGGAAUGGGGACCGCCAACGCCGCGGCAGUGGCCGCCAACUGUCGGGCGAGUUUCCCAAACAUCAAGCUUGCCCUCGUGGUAGGCGUUUGUGGCGUUGUUCCAUUCGGCCCUAAUGGCGAGGAGAUCGUGCUUGGCGACGUCAUCGUCAGUGAUGGCGUCAUCCAGUAUGAUCUUGGACGACGACUGCCAAAUCGUUUUGUGCGCAAAGACACGCUGCUGGACUCGUUGGGGAGGCCAAAUGCCGAGAUAAGAGGGGUAUUGGCGAAACUGAAAGGACUCCGGAACCGCAAGCUGCUCGGCAGUAUGAUGGCCAGCUACCUCGAUAUCCUCCGGCUCGAACCACUGCUAGGCGCCGAGUACCCGGGCACGGCGAAGGACAGUCUCUUUGAGGCAACUUUUCGACAUAUGGGGGACAAGCAGUCGUGCGAGCAACUCGGCUGCAACGGCAAGUUGGUGCCGCGCCGACGUCUCGAAACCACACAGGGCAACCCUGAACCUACUGUUCAGUUCGGUCUCAUCGCGUCCGGUAACUCAGUUAUGAAGUGUGGCGAAGAGCGCGACAAUAUCGCUGCCGCAGAAGGCGUAGUCGCCUUCGAAAUGGAGGGCGCUGGCGUUUGGGAUAGCUUUCCGUGCGUGGUGAUAAAGGGCGCAUGCGACUACGCCGACAGCCACAAGAGCAAGGUGUGGCAGCGCUACGCUGCGGCUACGGCAGCAGCCUGCAUGAAGGCAUUUUUAACCUACUGGGUGCCCUCCUUUCCUGCGGGUGCGGCAGCGGAAGAAUCUGGUAGAAUAGGGCGCCAUAGCGUCCACUACAUUCCUUUUACUAAAAACAAACACUUUGUAGGACGUACAAAUACAAUCGAGCACCUGAAAGGCAUGCUCCUUACAGAGGCCGGCGACCAGCAAGUCGCGCUCGUCGGGUUGGGUGGUAUAGGCAAGACUCAAGUGGCCCUGCACUUGGCGCAUUGGGUGAAGGACAAUAAACCAGAAUAUUCCGUUUUGUGGAUGCCCGCUUUCAGCAUGGCCGGCUUCGAGCAGGCGUGUACCGAGCUUGUCAAAAAGCUUGGUAUCCGUUGGAAUGAAAAGCAAGAUGCGAAAGUCUUAGUGCAACAGCAUCUCAGCUCGGAAGCUGCCGGAAGCUGGCUUCUCAUUGUUGACAACGCUGAUGAAAUGCUUGUCCUCGAGGGGUCGCGACAUCAGCCAGGCGGGAUUCUUAACUUUCUUCCGCAAAGUGACGCUGGGCGGAUCCUCUUUACAACGAGGUCUCAGGAAGUGGCCGUUACUGCUGCGGGAAGUGCGGUGAUUAGGCUACCGGAGAUGAGCCAGGAGGAGGCCACGAAUUUUCUUGAGAAGUCUUUGAUCCACAAGGAGCAGCUACAAAACGAAGGGUUUGUGGCCGAGCUUCUGGAAAAGCUUACCAAUCUUCCUUUAGCAAUUGCGCAGGCGGCGGCCUAUAUAAACAUGAACCAGGUGUCCAUUGCGGAAUAUCUCCGACUAUUCGGAAAUACCGACCAGGACAUGAUCGAGCUGUUGAGCAGCAGAUUUCGUGAUAGAACGCAUUAUUACAGCUCUCAGGGUGCUGUAGCCACCACGUGGAUCAUAUCAUUCAACCAGAUCCGCAAAGCAGCCACAACUGCGGCAAGUCUGCUCUCAUUUAUGGCCUGUGUCGAGCCAAAAGCUAUUCCUCGGUCGCUUCUCCCUCGGCUGGAGACGGAACAACAAAUGACGCAAGCCAUCGGUACUCUACUUGGAUAUGGGUUCUUGAACCAACGAGAGGACGAGCAGAUAUUCGACAUGCAUAGCUUAGUACACUUGGCGACGCGGAUAUGGGCUGAAGAUCAAGAGAUUCCGGGUCGAACGCAGCAUAAUGCGCUAGCGCAUCUACAAACAGUAUUUCCGUCUGACGAAUGGGAGAAUCGCGAGCUGUGGCGGCAAUAUCUUCCACACGCUCUCAGAAUUCUCGGAACGAGGCGGGGAGCUGAUGAAGAGGGUUGUCAGUUAGGGUUCUGGGUGGGUCGAUGUUUGCUUGCAGAUGGACGGACGCAAGAGGCAGUUAGGUUACUAGAGUACGUGGCGGCGAUACGGGAGAAGACGUUAGCGGAGGACCACCCUUCACGACUUGUGUCACAGCAAGACCUCGCAGCAGCAUACUAUAUCAAUGGACAGGUGAAAGAGGCAAUUGGAAUGCUCGAGUAUGUGGUGGGGAUUUGGGAAACGACAGUAGCGGACGACUACCCUGAUCGACUAGCAUCACAGAACAACCUCGCAGAAGCAUACCAAGCCAACGGUCAGGUGAAAGAGGCAAUUGGACUGCUGCAACAUGUGGUGAGGAUACGGGAAAAGACUGUAGCGGAGGAUCACACUCAUCGACUGGCGUCAGAGCAUACCCUCGCGAGAGCCUACAAAGCCAACAGACAGGUGAAAGAGGCAAUUGGACUGCUGCAACAUGUGGUGAGGAUACGGGAAAAGACUGUAGCGGAGGACAACCCUUCCCGACUGGCAUCACAGCACGAGCUCUCAGGAGCAUACCUAGCCAAUGGGCAGGUAAAAGAGGCAAUUGAACUACUGGAGCAUGUGGUGACAAUACGGGGGAAGACAUUGGCAGAGGACCACCCUGAUCGACUGACGUCACUACAAGCGCUUGCGGUAGCAUACCGAGCUAAUGGAAAGGUGAACGAAGCAAUUAGACAACUGGAGUAUGUGGUGCAGAUAUGGGGAAAGAUAUUGGCCGAGGACCACCCUUUUAGACUGGCGUCAGAGCACGAACUCGCGGUUACAUACCAAGCUAACAGACAGGUGAAAGAGGCAAUUGGACUGCUGCAACAUGUGGUGGCGAUACGGCAGAAGAUAUUAGCGGAGGACCACCCCGAUCGUCUGGCGUCGGAGUACGAGCUCGCAGCAUCAUACCAAGCCAACAGGCAGGGCAAGGAGGCAGUUGAGCUGCUGGAGCAUGUGGUAGCAGUACGGGAGAAGACAUUGGCGGAGGACCGCCCUGAUCGACUAGUAUCACAGCAAGCGCUCACAGCAGCAUACCAAACGCUCUCAGAAGCAUACCAAGCGCUCACAGCAGAAUACCAAGCGCUCAUAGCACAAUACGCAAGCUAA